AUGGAGGACCGUCUCUAUUUCAUCUUUUUGUUUCUUCUGCUGGGACCGUUUACAGAUGUUUCAGCCAUCGUUGAUUUCACCUGUAUCACCAAGCCUCGUAUUGAUAUCGGCAGUGAAGACACCUACAUCGCUGCCUAUCUACAUGGCGGUAAUGCUGCGCUGUCCUUCGCUCGAACAAUAAACACGUACACAAGCGUCGAUGAAAACAAACCAUUAGGGCUACCUUCAGACCACUUUUUGAAAACGUAUUCGUCAUCUACGGGAGGUAAGAUCUCUAGUCUUCGAUUGCCAGCGGCUGGAGGGAAGACUAGGAUUGGAGCCUUUGCCUGUAGAGCCAGGAUGAUGGGAGGGGAUGACAUCAGCAUUGGUACGGUCAUCAUGAGCAAAACCGCUGACUUUCUUCCUACCCGAGUGAGUCAGACGGUAAACCUCGGGGAUUUAGUUAAUCUGACUGUCACUGCAACAGACCAAGCCCGUAACGAAACCCGCUGGAGAAAGGAUGGCAAGGGUAUCAUCAACAAAAGAAACGGCAAACUGCACUUUGAUUUUAUCAACACUGUUUCCGACAGCUGGAUCUAUGAGGCUCAUUUUGCCGGGGAACGUAAAAAAGGAGAGCAGGCACUCAUGCGGUUGAUUGUCAGAGGAUGCAAAGAGAAUAAAUGGAAUUUGACCACCUGUGAAAGUGCAUGCCCACUCUGUUUCAAUGGCGGUAUUUGUGACGACCGGAGUGGAGACUGCAUUUGCCCGCCUGGAUUUAGUGGCGAUAUCUGCGAAACUCCUGAAGGCCCUAACCGUUUUGGUCAAUCGGGAAGUUUUGGCUGCGACUCAGCUGAGUUAGGAGGCGGUCCUACGUGUGCAGGGAUGCUGUUCUGUUUACCAGAUCCUUAUGGCUGCUCGUGCGCUGCAGGGUACCAAGGAAUCGAUUGCGAUGAAACAUGUGCUGAAGGUUUUUAUGGAGCAAACUGUGAACAGAGGUGUCAUUGUGCUGACGGGGUUUCGUGCAACGCAACAACUGGCGAGUGUCGUGGAAACUGCGCGCCAGGAUACACAGGAAUCAACUGUCAAGAAAAGUUGACCUUUGAAGAUUUCACCUGUGUCACCAAGCCCCGUAUUGAUAUCGGCAGUGACAAGACCUACAUCGCAGCCUAUCUACAUAGCGGUCAUGCUGAGCUGUCCUUCGCUCGAACAACUUACACGUACACAAGCGUCGAUAACAUAAACGACCAGUUAGGGCUACCUUCAGGCCACCGUUAUGAACCAACCUCGUCAUCAGAGGGAGAUGAGAUCUCUAUUCUUCGAUUGCCGGCGGCUGGAGGGAAGACUAGGAUUGGAGCCUUUGCCUGUAAUGCUAUGAUAGCAGGAAGUGGUAACGUCAGCAUUGGUACCGUCAUCAUGAGCAAAACAGCUCACAUCCUGCCUACCCGGGUGAGUCAGAUGGUAAACCUGGGCGAUGCUGUCUAUCUGGCCGUCUCUGCAAAAGACAAAAAAACCCGUUGGAGAAAGGACGGCGGUGCAGUCUACAUGGACAGAAACGACGAUCUGUACUUUGAUUUUGUAAAUGCCAGUGUUGCAGACACCGGAAUCUAUGAGGCUCAUUUUGCCGGGAAGCGUAGCGAUGGAAAGCAGGCACUCAUGCGGUUGAUUGUCAGAGGAUGCAAAAGGAAUAAAUGGAACCCGCCAUUGUGCAAUGCAGAUUGUCCAGUCUGUUUCAAUGGCGGUGUGUGUGACGAUCGGAGUGGAGAAUGCAUUUGCCCGCCUGGAUUUAUUGGCGAUUUCUGUGGAAUACCUGAAGGCCCGAACCGUUUUGGACAGUCAGGAAGUUUUCGCUGUGGCGAGUUAGGGGGCGGUCCGACGUGUGCAGGGAUGCUGUUCUGUUUACCAGAUCCUUAUGGCUGCUCGUGUGCUGCAGGGUACCAAGGAAUCGAUUGCGGUAAAACUUGUGCUGCUGGUUUUUAUGGAGCAGACUGUGCACAGACAUGUCACUGCAUGAACGGGGUCGCGUGCAACAGAACUACGGGCAAGUGUCCCGGGGACUGCGCGCCAGGAUUCACGGGCAUCAACUGCCAAGCUUGUGACGAUAACAGAUAUGGACAAGACUGUCGCCUUUGUCACUGUAUGGACGGGGUCGCGUGCGACAGAACUACGGGCGAGUGCUUUGGGGACUGCGCGCCAGGAUUCACAGGGCUGAACUGCCAAGAAAAUUGUCUUCCGAAUAAUGAAAUAGCAUCGUGCGGUACAACCUGCACAGAAUUCCUGGACCCUGCUACGACGUCCCUGGCACCAGGUGGCGUUCAAUCCUUCAGUUCAUUCCAAAAUGAUUCGAUAAGGACGUUCCAUUGGCAUCCUGUGAAUUGUCCAAAUGGCAACAUCAUUGUGAACUACGCAUACAAGUUCGGGACAGUCGAGGGUGAGCAUGAAGCCGAGGCAGUACGGACUGAAGGCAACUCUGUAUCUGUACACCUGCCAUUGUGCAGUACACUGUAUGGAUUUGAGGUAGCUGCUGAAACUACCAAAGGCAUCGGACCAUUCAGCUUAAAUAAGAUUGUUACGCCUAUUUGGAAAGUACCUGAUACCGUAGGUGGACUAACAGACAAGGGAACCAGUCACAACACCUUAAGUCUGUCGUGGGGAGCACCGGGAACCAGCCAAGAACACCCCUGUCCUGCAUCUGACUACCUGGUGACCUUUGACCUCAUAAACCUGGAGCAGUGUCGAGAGGUUCGUGAAUAUGGCGGAUCGCUGAAUACUACGUAUACCAAUGACACCAGCAUCACUCUAAAAGAACUGAAGGCUUACUCUACUUACAACAUUUCUGUCACCCCGCGAAACGAAGCCGGCAAGGGUACAACAUCAUUCCUUCAAGUAACUACUGGGGAAACCUAUCCUCUGGUUUCACCUGGAUUCAUCAGCAGUUCGGCAACGACUGAUAGCAUCACGUGGACAUGGAACCCCAUUCCUUGCGGGAGCAGAGGUGGCAACAUUACUGGCUACAAGACAAGUUUGACUGGAGGUCCCGUUGGGAUAGAUACAAGAUACGUCUCAACCACGUCAGUGACACACACAGGAUUAAGACCCUGUACAAAUUACACUCUAAGUGUAAGGGCAUACACCAGUGUGGGGUACACCACAGGACGUCCAAAUCAGUCUACUCAAACACAAAGGACGGGCACUGUCGUUCCAGACUAUGUAUCAGAUAUAUCCGUCCUCGCCACUUCACGUGAACGAAACGAAUUUGACGUUCAUUGGACUUCCUCCGAAGGACCCUGCCCUGCGACAUCCUACAAUGUAACAUAUGAGCUCAUCACGAUGGACCAAUGCAUGCAGCAGAACCCACCAAUCAUAACAGAUGUAGGAACGGUCGACACCACUUACGCUACUCUCCACCUACCUGCGUAUUACUCAAAGUACAGAGUAAACGUCGCGCCAAUCAAUGAAGCUGGACAUGGGGAAGGCAAUUUCAAAGAUAUAGUAACUAACGAAAACGUACCAUCUGCAUCACCAGUAAUCCGAGGUACUGCAACCAAUGACAGCAUCACGUUCUCCUGGGAUCCCAUCCCUUGUGGCAGUAGACGUGGCAACAUUACGCACUACGAGUACAGAUUCAAAGGGCCAAGACCACAAGAAAAAGGAAAAACCAACGAGAAGAGUAACAUCUCCAAGCUGUCGGUUACCUUUCGUGAUUUAUCACCAUGUACCACCUACUCAAUCAGAGUUCGAGCAUUUACUCGCAUAGGAGCAGGUCUGUGGGCAAACUGGACACACCAAGAUACAGUCGUAAUAGAUGAAAUCCAAUCCUUUAACCUCGAUCCUUCAACCAAUGAAAUCAGGACCUCUUGGACAACUGCUGGGAACGAGGACAACCCUUGCCCUGUGACCUCGUAUCGCGUUAGUUACCAACUUCUCAAUUUGGAACAGUGCCAACCACGGACCGAUCUUGCCGUUAUAAAUAAGACAGUUGUAAAUGGCAGUGACAUCGAAUUCACAUCAAUGCAUGCUUACUCUACGUACAACGUGCAAGUCGUACCAGCAAAUAAUGCUGGCGCGAAAUACAGGAAGAGCAAGACAGUUACGACCGACGAGGGAGUGCCAUUGGCUGCUCCGGUAGUCGACACAAUGCUCCCAUUCAAUCAGAGCGUUCGAGUGUCUUGGCAUCCCAUUCCCUGCGGCAAACGAGGCGGUAACAUCACAGGCUACACGUACGAGCUGCGUGACGCAUCUGGGUCCAUGGUAAAAACAGCCAACACCACGGCAGAGUCUGUUGAAGUUGAUGGUCUGUCACAGGGGGCGUCCUACCUCUUCAGGCUGCGGGCGUUCACGCGUGUAGGACCGGGACCCUGGAAGGAAGGAGAUUUUGAGAUUCCCAAAGACGAUGCUGCUGCGCCUACUCCGCCUGGAAGUAGUCCUGCGGGCUCAGUUUUGGGCGUGGUCGUCUUCAUCUUGGUAGCUGCGGUUCUUGCUCUCCUGAUAGCUGUCGUAGUCAAGAAACGACGAAAGCAGAGGACCAAAGCACUGAGCAAGGACAGCACUGGCGAUGGUGUCCAGGAUAUUUAUGGGAAAGGAGACCAAGGUGGAGUUGAGCUGAAGAAUCUGCCAUCUACGUCUGGUUACAAGCCAUACGCUACAAAGGGUCAUGAACCAGUGGUGUCAUCUACUAAUCCACCAAAGUCAACCGAUCAAGUACCUGUUGAUGUGUUGCCAAAAGCAGGACCAUCCACUGAUUCAGCAUCAGCAUCUGGUCCAUCCACAUCCACUAAGGCUCCCGUGAAGCCCAAGCCGUACGUCAAUCCUGCCUCCAAGCCCAAGCUGAAGGCUUCGGCAAAGGCAUCCCCGAGUUUCCCCCAAGCCGGCCCAGUUGCCAUGGCUCACCUGGCUGAAUACAUCAAGAGUAGAACAGCCGGGAAGAUCAAUGGAUUCCAACAAGACUAUGAAUCGAUUCCAGGUGAACCAAUCCACCCGUGGACUGUGGCCAAACAGGAUCACAACAAGAAGAACAACAGAUACAAUAACAUCCUGGCCUAUGACCAUUCUCGCGUGGUCUUGGAGUGUCUUGAGGAUAACCCACACUCAGACUACAUCAAUGCCUCCUACAUCAAUGGAUACAAACAAGAUUACAAGUACAUUGCCAGUCAAGGUCCUACCAAGGCCUCAGUGAAGGACAUGUGGCGCAUGGUGUGGCAGGAGCGAGUAGGAAAGAUCGUCAUGCUGACGAACCUGAUCGAACAUGGCAAGGGGAAAUGCGAGCAGUACUGGCCCGAUGACAUUGCCGACUACGGAGAACUGUUUGUCCGUAAUGUUGAUGAAACAAAACAUGCCAAUUUCAUUGUGAGGACUUUUCACGUGUCGAAGAGCACUGAGCCUGAGGGUGAGUACCGUGAGUUAACCCAGUUCCACUACACCACCUGGCCAGACAUGAAACCACCAGAGUCAUCUCCGCUACUUCAGUUUGUCAGAACGGUCCGAGCAACAGACGCUUCACAACAUGGACCCAUCGUUGUCCAUUGCAGUGCUGGAGUUGGCCGCACAGGAACCUUCAUCACUUUGGACUCCAUGCUUGAGAUGGCGGAGGCAGAGGGCCAAGUCGAUGUCUUGAAGUUUGUACGCGAUAUGAGGAAUCAGCGCUUCCUUAUGGUCCAAACUCUGGAUCAAUACAAGUUCAUCUUCGAUGCUCUGUUGGAGUCAAGUCUGUCAGAGAACACGGCCAUCAGUGCUGAUCGCUUCCAUCAGAGCUUCGCUAAACUCAAGAAACGGGACAAGAAAGCAGGGACUACUGGCAUCGAGGCGCAGUUCCAGAUGUUGGAGUCGUUCACUGCCUCACCGAGCGAGGAGCAGUGUAUGGGAGGGAGGAGCGCCGCCAACGUUGACAAAAAUAGAUUCAAAGACUGCGUUCCAAAAGACAGCACCCGACCGUAUCUGAUGACCAAAGGUGACGAAGGAAGUACCAAUUACAUCAACGCUACAUUCCUGGAUGGUUAUAACAGCAAGCAUGCCUACCUUGCCACCCAGGCACCUCUGCCUAACACACGGGGUGAUAUGUGGAGGAUGGUGUUCGACUACAAAGCAUCUUGCAUCGUCAUGCUCAAUUCUAUGGACAAUGACCCGAGCGUUGUCCAGUAUUGGCCAGAGAAGGACAGUUUGGAGUUCGGACCACUGACCGUUACACUGACGAAUGAGGACCGGUAUAGCGAGGACAUUAUCAUACGGCAGUUUGAUGUUAGCUAUCCCGCUAGGAAGAAUGACGAGGUUCAGAGCGUCUGUCAGAUCCAAUACCUGGGAUGGCCACCAGGGAAGGAGGUUCCAAGAUCCCCGUCUAGUCUCCUCAAGGUGCUGGAGGCUGUUAAGAUGUGGACGACUGACCACCCUGAUGGACCAAUCACUGUCCACUGCAUUGACGGUGUUGGAUGCAGCGGAACCUUCUGCGCCAUACUCACACUCCUGGACCAACUCGCAGUGGAGAAAGACGUAGACGUCUUCCAAGCCAUCAAGAAACUCCGCAUCACCCGGGCUGGGAUGGUCAACACGUUGGCUCAGUACCAACUGUGCUAUCAGGUGAUCCAAACCUACUUGGAUUCGGACUCAAUCUACGAGAACUAUUGAUGAACCAGUGUGGAACAAGUUAUUUAACAUCAUAAAUGUCAGAUUUGCAUGUCCAUUAAUUUGUAACUGAUACCUAAAGUGUUUGUAACGUCAGACAGGAUUUUUAAAAGGUAGGUUUCGCUUCUACCUCAGGAUGAAAUCUAGUUUCAAUUCUAGCUCAGCAAAUUUCUGUUCGUCUUGGGGGCCCAGGCUACUAACCUUUUUGUUCCUAUCUCUGACUGAAUUUCUGACUGACUGACAUGACUGUUUGCGGUACGGAGCGCUGGGCAGUGUUAUCGUAUAGGAUUACCCCGUAAUGUGCUAAAUCUGGGUCAUUGUGUAGACCAGGGCCCAAUUUCACGGCGCUGCUAAAAAGCACACAAAUUUGCUUAGCACAACAAAA